AUGGCCGGGCAGGACCCCCAGCCGCAGGCGCCAGGCGACAUGGCCAGCCCCCAGAACUUCACAGAGAGCGUCUUCUCCCCGGAGAGCGACCACAGCCUCUAUUUCCCCUACAGUGGCCCCCCCAACACCCUGGAAGUCCGGGACCUCAGCUACCAGGUGGACCCCGACUCACAGGCCCCCUGGUUCGAGCAGCUGGCUCAGCUCAAGCUGCCCUGCAGACGCACCAGAAAGACGGGCACCCCCAGCCUGGAGAAACUCAAUUUCCGGGUGCACAGCGGGCAGAUGCUGGCGGUCAUCGGGGACACGGACUGCGGCCGGGCCUCCCUGCUGGAUGUGAUAUUGGGGCGCGUUCCUGGCUCCCAGGCCCCGACAGGCCAGGUGUGGAUCAACGGUCGUCCCAGCACCCCCCAGCUGGUGCGGAAGAACGUGGCCCAUGUGCGACGGCACGAACAGCUGCUCCCCAACCUCACUGUCCGUGAGACCCUGACCUUCACGGCCCAGCUGCGUCUGCCCAGCACCUUCUCCAAGGCCCAGCGGGACAAGAGGGUGGACGCGGUCAUCGCCGAGAUGCGGCUGCGGCAAUGCGCCGACACCCGCGUGGGAAAUGCCUACGUGCGUGGGGUGUCGGGGGGCGAGCGCCGCCGGGUCAGCAUCGGGGUGCAGCUGCUGUGGAACCCAGGCAUCCUGGUUCUGGACGAGCCCACGUCGGGGCUGGACAGCUUCACGGCCCACAACCUGGUGUGCUCACUGGCCCGGCUGACGCGGGGCAACCGGCUGGUGCUCACGGCCCUGCACCAGCCGCGCUCGGACAUCUUCCGGCUCUUCGACCUGGUGCUGCUGCUGGCGGGCGGCACCACCGCCUACCUGGGCCCGGCCCAGCACAUGAUCCGGUUCUUCACGGCUGUGGGACACCCGUGUCCACGCUACUGCAACCCCGCGGACUUCUAUGUGGACCUGACGGCCAUCGACCGGCGGAGCCCUGAGCAGGAGGCGGCUAGCCGGGAGCGGGCCAGGGUGCUGGGGGCCCAGUUCCGGGACAGCGUGUGCAGCUCCGAGGACUCGUGCUGGGAGCCAGGCAUGACCCUGGGCGCAGCCAGCCCAGAUCCCCCGAGGAACUACAGCCAGCUGGCAGAGCCCCCCUCACUGCCUGGCUGCGUGCGCCAGUUCAGCAUAUUGAUUCGCCGCCAGAUCUCCAAUGACUUCCGAGACCUGCCCAGCCUCCUGGUCUUGGGGGCUGGGGCCUUGCUCAUGUCCCUCAUCACCGGCUUCCUGUACUACGGCCACGGACCCCGCCCGCUGUCCUUCUCCGACAUGGUCGCGCUGCUCUUCAUGGUGGGCGCACUGGUACCCUUCAACAUCGUCCUGGGCAUCAUUGCCAAGUACCACGCUGAGCGGGCCAUGCUGUCCUCGGAGCUGGAGGACGGGCUGUACACCGUAGGCCCCUACUUCCUUGCUAAGGUCCUGGGCGAGAUGCCCCUGUACAGCAUAUAUGUGCUUAUCUACGGGCCGCCCACCUAUUGGCUGGCGCAGCUGCGCCCGGCACCCCAGCCCUUCUUCCUGCACCUGCUGUUCGUCUGGCUCGUGAUGCUGAGCUGCCGGGCUAUGGGGCUCAUGGUGGCGGCGCUGCUACCCACGCUGCACAUGUCGUCGUUCUGCGGCAACGCGCUGUACAGCAUCUUCUACCUCACGGGUGGCUUCAUGGUCCAGCUCGGCAACCUCUGGACAGUGCCCUCGUGGAUCUCAGAGGUGUCCUUCCUGCGCUGGAGCUUCCAAGGCCUGAUGCAGAUCCACCUUAGGAACCAGACCUUCCCCCUGCACGUGGGGGUUGGCACAGUGCCCAUCCCGGGGAACUGGGUCUUGAGCUCUAUGGGCCUGGACUCGCACCCACUCUCCACGGCCGUCUUGGUGCUGCUGGCCAUUAGUGCCUGCUUCCUGGGCUUCUUCUACCUGGUCCUGCGCUGUGUCAAGCAGACGCCCGUCCAGGAGUGGUGA